AUGUUACCUCUCUCUGAUGAUGUCCGUCAUAUGACAUCCGUCAGCAUGAAUCUUCAAGUAAAGCCAAUCAACAGCUGGUCGAGAGAAAUCCGCCUUCGCCUUCGGAUGGAAGCGACCUUCGAAUCUCUUGACCCAACACUUUCACUUGAAAUGGAAGUAAGCUCAAUAAUUAUGAAACAAGAGAAUCUUCGAAAUCCAACUUUUCUUCGCAUAUCUUAUAAAGCCUACUGUCAGACCACUAGCUCCCAUCGCCGCCGCGUCUAUCCUGUUUUUAUCUCUGAUGCAAAUGUUGUGGUACUGCUUACAUUGACUAGAUUUAAUGUUGAACCACAACGUUUGUAG